UUAUUAUUCGUAUGAUGGCAAUUAUGUCAUAUUGGAAGGGUAAAUCUUUACCAACCUAAACUAUCAAAUAUGGUUCCUACCAUGAAUAACAUGACUUGAUAAAAAUGAGUAAGAAUAAAGACAUUGCAACUAAUUUAAUACAGUGAUAUUGCAUUGUAUUGUGUGCACUUUAACAAAGAGUAGACCUGUGAAAUAGAUCAUCAAUAAUUUUCAAUUUUAAUUAAGAAGAAAUUCAUCCCAAAAAUGGACAUUGACUAUGUUCAAGAUUUGAAAGAUUCAAAUAUGAAUAAAAAUAGUAAUUCAAAAAAAUUGAAAAAAUAUCAAAUGGAACAUAUUCAUAAUAAAUUAUUACCUUAUUAUGAAGAUUUAGAAAUUGAAUCUGAGACAAUGUUGGCUGAUAUUAAAGGAAAUUUAGGACAAGCUGUUAUGUACCGUGAAAUAGAACCUGGAUGUUUAUUAUGGACGAAGAGAUUAAAUAAAUAUAUAAAAUUAUAUAGCUUCAAGUUCAGCAAAGAAGAUCAUAUAUAUUUUGUUAAAUUAUAUUACGAAUUAAUUACUAUACCAGAUAUCGAUCCGUGUCAAAUAAGAGAAUUUGGAAAUAUGUUAAUUCUAUUGUUAAAAAAGAAAAGAUUACUUUCUCCAGAUGAUUUGAUACUUCCAUGGAGACCUAUAUACGAAUUAAAUAAAAAGAUACUAUGGAGAGCGACAACAGCUUUAGGAAUGUAUCAUUACCAUCCACUUUUACCACAUUCAUUAGCAUCCUUGAUACGUUUAUGCAAAAUUUAUUUUCCAUUAAAUGCAACUCAAGAAAUCUUAGACGAAUUCAGGCCAAUGAUAUGUCCGUUUAAUGACAACUUUAUGAAUAUCUUUAAAACGAUAGAAAAUUUUUUACCGGUGCAAUUACCACCACAACAUCAUUCGCUAGGACACCAAUUAUGGUUCCAUGAAUUUAUGAACUUAUGGAAUGUAUGUCAUAAUGGAGCUUCGUGGGAACCUGAAAUGAUGAUCUUAAUGGCUACAUUAGCAUCUGAAAAUAUUGGAUAUAUCGAUUGGGAACCGUACAUACCUCUCAUGUUUGCUAGAUUUGUACGGUGUUUCAAUUUACCUGUUGCGUAUAAACAAACGCAAGACAUUAAAACUCAUAAAAUGGAGACGUUAGCUAUAGCUCUAUGGAUAGUGUCCGUUUUGGGUAAUAAAUCUAGGGCACAAAUAUAUCUUGAAAAAUUUUUAAAAAGUAUAGAAACGUAUUUCCAAGCGGCCAAUAUUGGUAAAUGGUCUGGAAAAUUGAAAGAAUUCCUUACAAAGUUACCAUAUCGUUUUAUUUUACGCAUUCAUAAAGAGAGAUAUGCCAAACGAACGUGGGAAACACCAAUUCCUGACGAGUACAAAUUAACCGAUGAAGAUAUAGACAUUUUUGUUAAGAGCAUGAUGCCUCUAGCUAUGACAGCAAUGUUUAACAGAUUAAAUUCUACUGAUCCUUGUUUAGCUUUACAGUAUCUUGCUAAUAUGAGACCUAAUUUAGUGAUACCGCAGGUCGUUGAUAGAAUGUAUGCUACGUUAGAUUCUCUCACAGAACCUCAUAAACUCACGGCAGCUAUGGUUAGUAUGGUAGCUAUAGCUAAGCCCAUGGUGCAAGGAUCUAGAAAUAUAAAUAAAGGAUAUACAUAUGCGGAAGGUCCAAUGCACGUCGUACCUAUUUUAUUUUCACUUCUUCCUGGUAUAGAUCCAAACGAUAUUGGAAAGUGUGUCGUUACAUUACGUUUAAUUUCCGUAUACGCUCUUUUAAUACCCUUCGUUGAUUCGUCAAAAUCAUCUGCAAUAGCAGACGAAGAAGAAAGAUUGAUAUGUGAAAUGACGUCGCGCUUUGAAGAUUUUAUUCUGCAAUUUUUAGAUAGAAUAUUUACAUUUAUAGACACCAGUUCGUUAGACUUUAUAAGACCUGAAAAUAAUCACGGUGGUGGUAGAAGCAAAUUAGAAAUUUUAGCGGAAGAAGUUGUAGAAACUGUUUUCUCAACUUUAUUACUUAAAACUAGCGAUGCAAUAUUUCUAAGUGCUUUACAUAAAUUACGCGUAUUCGUAAGCGAACGUAUUUUAGAGACAAAGGUCGCCGGUGAAUUGGUAGCUGUUAUUUGUCGGGUUUUUGCAAAUAUUAAUGGUCAAGAAACGCUACGUGCUUUGGUACCAUUUUUAUCUGAAACGAUAUUAAAUAUAGUCGGUGAAGGUGAUGAUGUUUUAAUGGAAGAAAAUUUAGAUAAUCGUUUAUUAUACUCGAUGCUUUUGUUAUCCGCAAUAACUCAAACACCCGGUAGAAAUUUAUUACCUUAUAUGAAUACUUUCGUGGAGAUUCUCGACAAAGUAUUGUUAUUAGAAUCGAAAGAAGGAAAUUAUUAUGCUUGUCGAUUACUUAAAUGUUUACUUAGUUCAUUAAGUACAUUGGACAUUUAUCAAUUUAAAACUCACGGAAGGGAUUUCAAUGAUCCGGAAUAUCCUUACACUAGAAAUUGGGGUGAAGAAGUAGAUAUUAAUUCUAUUCAAAUAGAUUGGUUCAUUCCUGGCAAAGAAGAAUUUGAAAUGGUUAAAAAAAUAUUCUUCAGAUAUUUGCCACGGCAAUUAGAAAUAUUACAGAAUUAUUGUCAAGAUUGGAAUUUUUUGUCGAGAGAGAAGCUCCUGGCCGUUCUGAAAAUUGUAAACGUUAUUAUUAAAGGGUGCGAGCAUUUCUUACCAUUUUGGGAAGAACCUCUGCUUCCUUGCGUCGAAUCAUCAUUAAAAUGGACAUCGUUUAAUCCAACUUGUGGGGAAAGAAUUGAAAUAGUUAUGCCCGAUGGAAGUAACGUGAAGAAAUAUUUAAUUAAUAUAUUUAGUAAUCUGCAAAACGUAUUAUUAAAAAAUGUCGAGGAUGAAACGAGAUGUUUGUACAGUUUGGUGCUUAUAUGGGAGUUUUUAUUAUUAGGCGAGAACCGUUUGCAGGAUCUUUACGAGGAAAGACAAAAAAAAUUGAAAAGAACCCAAAAUUUGUUGAGCGACAAAUUGGUGAGAAAUAAAAAACGCAUGGAACAUAUUAUAUUGCAACAGGCUAUUAUUCAACACGAGACACGGCUCCAAAUGAAAUCGCACAAGUUCACGGAAACCCAUAAAAAUAUAAUGUUAGAACUUUUAGUGUUAGCUACUAGCAGAUAUGCCAAUGUACGCAACAAAGCACAAUUUGCUCUUAUUUCUGGUCUCUUAACAUUUCCAUUAUCGUAUACGUUCAUUGUUCCCCAUUUAAUCAAUGUUUUGGAAAAAGAUACCGAAAUACAUCACGAUGCUUACAAGGGAGUUUUAUAUAUUUUACAUCGUCCGUUAAACGAUCCUCUUAUAAUACAACGUAAUUGGCAUAUGUUGCGAUCAUUAUGGCCAAAAUUAAUUCUUUCCAAACCGUCAGAGAAACUUUCGGUGAUACGAUUAAAAGAACAAUUAAUUGAUACGAUGAAAAAUAAGUAUCAAAAUAUCUCCAUUGAAUUAGAAAUACCGGAUAGAUGUGUUACGGCUGCAUCUAAAUUAUGGGAUCAUUUUCCGUAUCCUACAUUAUCACGACCUAAUGAAAAUGAAAUACAAAGGGGUAUAGAAAGAUUGAAAGAAACGUCUCGAUCUAAUUUAGAGGCAUAUUAUGGACUUGUGGAUGAUUUAUUAAAUGCUAUUCUCGAAACAAAUCUUCAUUGGAGACAUAGAUUAAUGUCUAUGGAUUUUAUACGAUUAUUGACCAACGAAAAUCAUAUAUUUUCGUCAAAGGCAGUGAGAUAUUUUCUAGAAACAUUAAUUCACGAUUCGUUAGACGAAAGGAAGAUAGCGAUACGUAUCAUUGUUUAUAUACUCAGACAACAAAAAAGAAAACAUCCAAAAAUAGCUGUUCCUAUAACAGAUAUAUGUAAAAAAGAAUUGUUAUCUGAUGUUGUGAUACCAGGAGAAAGGGCAGACAAUGCGUGGUUACAAUACGAUUACAAUACGCGUCCAACGACAUCAAAACAAUGGGACGAACGAAGAUUUAUUCAUCGUCCAAAUGUUGGUUAUUAUACAUGGCCAAAAAUGAUAGAAUUUUAUGCGCCGUCAUCGGAACAACCAACUCUUGAUACUAAAAUCCGUAAAUUCACUGAUCAAGAGAUGGAGGUCGAACGUUUCUUUGAUAAUCCUCAGAACGUUGAAAAACUUAUUGAAUUUUAUAGUAUAGAAGAGAAAAAGGAUAAAGAUAGAUAUAAUUGUUACAAGUAUCUCUUAUUUAAAAGUAUAUUUCGCAAUCAUGGAAUUACUCCUUUAAAACAUUUCGUACCGCAUUUACAUGCAUUGGUUAAAGAUAAACAAGAAAGUAAACAAAGAUGUGCAACCGAAAUAAUUUCUGGUAUAAUUCAAGGAUCAAAACAUUGGCCUUUUGAAAUGAUUUGCGAAAUGUGGAAUGAACUAUUACCGAUAAUAAGAUUGGCAUUGGAUAAUCUAACAGCGGAAACUAUUUUAGAUUGGACUACGAGUAUAUCGCUUUCUAUGCAUUGUAGAGAUCCAAAUAGACAACAUUGGUUAUUAGAAUGCUUGAUGGAAGAACCUUCUUUAGGAGAAUUUGAAUCAUCAUUUAUAGAAUCUGGACGUUUGUGCGUUUUACAAGGGGUUCUUAUUUUCCAACCAUGGCGUUUAUCUCAAUUGAUGCAACGUUUGUUAGUCCGUUUAGAAAAUAGAUUAUUAACUAAUCCGUUUAAAAAUUUAAGGGACCGAAUAGGUGCAUUAUUAUUUGUCGUAUUUGAAGCGGAUCUUAGAUUUCCAGUAUCUUAUCCGAAUCGAGCGAUACCACAAGCACAACAUUUCAUAGAUAAAAUAAUUCCUAAAUUGCAAUUACUUGCAGAAAAUUCAGAGGAAUUGAUUAACGAGAAUAAACAAUCUUUAACGUCGAGUACGGCUAACGAUCUCAAGUCCGAUGAUUCUGUAAAUAAAACCAAAUUGGAUAUGAACGAACGCGAAGCAACUAUUAGAUUGCUCAAAAUUAUUUGUAAAUGGAUUGCACAAUUUGUUUGUAAAUCACCAAGCGGUGCAUUGCCAGAAUUUUAUCAAUUGUUUCCUAUCAUUUGUCAAAUGGAAAAUUAUGAAACGGAUGACGAAUUGGUUCAAAUCUGUACCAAUUCUUUAUCUUUACUUGCGCAAUCGAUCAUAUUACCAAACGACAUGCCUAUAGUUUUAGAUGCAAUUGUCAAAAUGUCUAAAAAUGUAUCAUGGUCGGCGAGAGAUACUUGUCUGGAAUUUCUUCAAACUUCGAUUUUUUAUAACAUGAGCAUAGUACUAAUGAAAGAUGAAUGGGUAAAUUGUAUUAAAAAUGUUGUUAUCAAUUUAUUAGAAGACAUUCGUUUGGAAGUUAGAGAAAAAGCUGGACACGUUCUUGGUGGAUUAUUACAUUGUGGUUUUAUACCAGAUCAAAAUGCUUUAUUGGAACAAUUUAAACUUAAAGCCAAGACAAAAUUGCAUAAAAGAGGUCGUUUGAUGCCUAAUAAAACAGAAGCGGAAAGGAACGCGAAUGUGGAUGCAUUACGUUUGCGACAUGCAGGAGUAUUAGGACUUUGUGCAUUUAUUCGUGCACACCCAUACGAUAUACCAGAUUAUUUGCCACCAAUUUUUGAACAUCUUGACGUUCAUUUGAAUGAUCCUCAACCUAUACCGACAACCAUAAGAAAAGUAUUAGGUGACUUUAAUAGAACACAUUAUGAUGGAUGGAACGGUAUAAAUGGGCACGCGCAACACUUUACAGAACGGCAACUAACUAUGUUGCAAGAUUUAUUAAUACCACCUUCAUAUUACGCGUGACUGUUAAAUAAAAGCUUAGUAAAUAUUUUCUCUUUAUAUUUAUAUAAACAAUAUCUAUUUAUUUUUAUUUAAAAAUUUCAUCGAUAUCGUCAAAGCAAUAUCUUAUAAUUAUUUAUAAAAACAAAAAAGAAA